AUGUCCACCGAUGCGUCGCAAGAAAUUCUGUCCCGUAUUCGGGAGACGCCACUAGAGGGAUUUAUUCACGGCAGCUACUUGCAAUCUGUCGGGCACUUGAUGACAGCAACAGCAAUGGCCGUAGUGGUGGACCCAAUUUUACAAGAGCGAGCAACCGCUUACCUGUGGACGAUCAGAGCUGAGCCAAUCUGGCAAGACAUCCUCACACAUAGCGGCUAUGUGGAAGAGUCCUUCGGCCCAGUUGAAUUCGUCUACCACCGUGAAAAGGACAACAAAACGAUCACCCUGAGGAUGAUCAACAAGUUGAGCUUCAACUUUUUCGCUACACACGAAGUGUGCUUCAUGACUCCGAGAGCCUGCUAUUAUCUGUUCGACAAGUUACAGUAA